UUAGGACCUAUUUACUAUUUUGCUAUAAAAAAAUGUUCCGUUGGCCCGCGCUGUAUUUCUACAGUUCUGUCAACUAAUAAAUUAAUAUUCUAUGCAUUAGCCACUAAUAGUAACCGCUACCAGUUUUAUUCAUCAAUCAUUGAUUUUACAUGUCAGUUUAUUGUUCAUUGAAAUUCCCUUCAAGAGUUAAAACAUAAUUAAUUAUAACCACAAAUUUGAUUCGUUGGUAUUCUAUAAUAACCCCACUUAACAGAUAAUAUUUAAUACUUACGAUAAUUCAUACCUACAGUCUGCCUAUCUGUGAGUUAGUUUUUACACAGUGUUUUUGUUUAUUGUUAUCUACCACACACCAUCACCCUUAAUACUUUUACACUCGGGUUAAUACUUGUUAAUGCUAGAAAUAUUUAAGCAGUAAGUUAGUGAUGCCGAUGCGUAUGAUACUAUGAUUAUUUAAUACAACAAAACAACAAUACAAUAAAGCUAAGAUGUCUGCCAAGCUAGAAUUUGCUGUUAAAAUGACAUCUCCAUCAUGUGCUGUUAAAAUACAAGAUCAACUAAGCCAAAAUGGAAUUUCAAAAUCUGACAUUCAUAUAUCUUAUGAAACUGGAAUUGUUACUAUCACUACAAAUCAACCGUCUUCCCUUAUUUUGAAUUCUAUUGAAAAAACUGGUGCUAAAGCAGUACUUAAAGGAUAUGGAAGUGCUACAUUUGACAAAAACUUGGGCGCAGCUGUUGCUAUGCUUGGUGGAUCCACUGGAUACAGUAAAUUGGGUAUAAAUGGUGUUGUUCGGUUUGUUCAGAUAAACAAUGAUGAAUGCAUAGUGGAUGGGACUAUUGAUGGAUUAUCUCCAGGAAAUCAUGGCAUUCAUAUAUAUGAAUGUGGAGACUUGUCUAAUGGAUGCGAUAGAAUUGGAAAUCAUCUUAAUUUGAAACAAACACCACACGGAAAUCAAACUGAUGAUCCAAAUUUUAGGCACACAGGUGAUUUAGGAAAUAUCACUGCUAAUGAAGAUGGAAGGGCAAUAUUUUACUUUAAAGAUAAAUUAAUAAAUGUAUCACAUUUAAUUGGUCGAUCAGUUGGUAUCACAGAAAAUGAAGAUGAUUGUGGUAAAACCAAAAUUAAUACAUCAGAUAUCGAUGGAAAUAGCGGGAAAAGAAUUGCCUGUGGUAUUAUUGCUAGAUCUUCUGGCUUAUUUGAAAAUAACAAAAAAAUAUGUGCUUGUGAUGGUGUUACACUUUGGGAAGAAAGAGAUGUACCGCUGGCUGGGCCCGGUAGACAAAGAAAAAUAUAAUGAUAGAACAAUCAUAGGUAUACUUAUUUAAAACAUAUGAAUAUUACAAAUUAGUAUUAUACAGGUGUCAAAGAUAUUAAACUAAACAAUUGUUAUUUUAUUGUAAAGAAAAAGUGCAAUGGUUCUAAUGUAAAAUGGUUAAUAAAAAUAAAAUAAUAUUUUAAUAAAUGUUUUUGUACCAGCUAAAAUUAACACUAUAACAGCAAAAUAUCCUUC